AUGUCAGCGAACCAGUGUGAAGUAUGUGAAUCCCAUAGCAACAUUUCUUGCAAUCAUUUCGGAGCAAGAACUUGUAAAGCAUGCGCUGCAUUCUUCCGGCGAACCGUUUCUAUGAAACUCGACUACACUUGCAUCGAACAACCCGAUUCCUGUCGAGUACACUACGAUUCUCGUUUGAUUUGCCGAUUUUGUCGACUGAAAAAGUGUUAUGAAGUUGGAAUGAAGCCGUUACUAGUAAAGUCAAAAAACGAACGGAAACAAUACAUUCGGAUUUCGAAAGGACUUGUUCGCAAAAAAUCAGCUUUCGAAGAGCACACAAUCGAAAAUUCAAAUGAGAAUAUAACUCCAGAAUACGAUGAAGACAAUAUCGAGAAUGAGGCAACGCCCGGACCGUCAUCUGAAGCUUCUGAAGCACUUGCAUUGGAAAUUCAGGAGACAGUCAAUAAAUUUCUGAAUUUGGAAACGUCAAUGUGUGACAGAAGACGGCUUUUGUACGCGGAGACACCGAUUAGUAUUGUGUUAGAAGGCGGUAGAGAAUGGCCCUACGACAAUGCAACACUGAAAAUGUUCGACUACAAACAGAGUCAAGGAAUGUCGAAACAUGAUUUUGUCAUGAUUAUGGAUUAUGCACGUGGAAUGCCCGGAUUCGAUGAGCUCAAUUAUGGCGAUAGUGUCUUCUGCUAUCGCUUAGUUUGUGCUGUUGACUUUGUCAUCAAUUCUGCUUACUACACCUAUAAACGCGGAAUCCAUCACAACGAGCUCGUCCUCAACGACGGAACAUUCAUCCCAAUGACACCAACACCUCUGACCGGUUACGAGGAGAAUGCGAAUCUUUUAUUCCAAAAUCAAGACGACCUCAUGAAAUUUCGAACAUUGAUGCCUCUUCUCCUUCAUCAAUGGAAAGUAUGUGUUCCGUUUGCUCUGCUGGCACCAUCUUACGAAGAGUUUUGUCUGAUUAAAGCGAUUUGUGUUUGGCAUGUUUCAUACUACCGUCUGAGCGAGGAAGGUCGUCAAGUAGCUUUGAACCAAAGGGAACGGCUUAUCCGUGCACUUCAUUAUGCUUGUAGUUUGGAUAGUGAUGAUGUCGGCGAGCGAUUUGGCAAUAUGAUAAUGUCGCUGAAUUAUAUUAUGGAGCAAAUCCGCAACUUGAACUGCUCAUUCGUCAUGAUCUCAUUCUUCGGAAUUCUCAACGUGGAUAGCUUAAUGAUUGAUGUUACUAGUUUUUGGUAG